UGUAAUGGAUACAACAUUCCAGGACCUGUUUGUCUGCCUGUCUCUCUGUCGCUAGACAGAGUUAGUAGCAAGAAACUGUUCUGAGUGUUUUGAAAAGGGUGUACUGGUAUAUUAAGAGAUGUUUCUUAGCCUGUUAUGUAACCACUGGUAGAAAGCUAGAGGGCCUCCUGUGAGCCAGGGGAGCCAACAGACUUUGUGCGUACUCAGAGAGGAAAAUAGAGUCCAUUGGUUUCAAUAAUUAUUAGGGUUACAUUUAGUUAAUGGCUUGAAGGUAUCAUAGGUGUUUUACACCUAUGAUACAAUUAUUUUACAAUAGUUUAUCAGUUUUUGAAAAGUAUGUUAAUUUGUUUUAUUUCACUGACCAUCAGAAGCUGUUUCCCAUUUUUCCCUGUGGAAUAGUUCCUCUUUUUGUUAGAUUUUGCAUCCCAAGAUGGCAGAAGCUGGAUUCGGAGUGCUGCUCUUAUUUUGCUUCCUGGCGUCAGGACUGGUGUACUACAUUAACUGUCCUGAAAAUGGAAAUAAGACAGAGACGAGAGAGAGGCCCAAUAUUAUCAUUAUACUAGCUGAUGAUAUUGGCUGGGGAGAUCUCUGGACAAAACAGUCUGACAAUACUACACCCUGGCUCAACAUGCUAAAGCUGGAAGGCAAAAGGCUUACAGACUUUCACUCGCCUGCCUCGACCUGCUCCCCGUCGCGUGCUGCACUACUGACGGGUAGACACGGCUUGCGCAACGGUGUCACUCACAACUUUGCAGAGGGGUCUGUUGGCGGUCUACCGCUUAACGAGACAACAUUUGCUCAGCUCCUGCACGAUGCUGGCUAUUACACUGCCAUGAUUGGAAAAUGGCACCUUGGACACAAUGGUCUCUACAACCCAAUCCACAGAGGCUUUGACUAUUACCUUGGUAUUCCAUAUAGUAAUGAUAUGGGCUGCACUGACAUGCCUGGCUUUAACCUUCCCAGCUGCUCCCCAUGUGGAAAAUAUAGGAGGAAGCAUGGAGGAUGUGACACUAAGAUAGCAUUGCCUCUCUUUGAAAACCAGAGUAUACUAGAGCAGCCCCUGGACCUUUGGAACCUUACAGGACAGUAUGCUAAAGCAGCAUCCAGACAGAUUUUGACAGCUAGGAAACGGGGGCAGCCCCUUCUCCUCUAUGUCGCUCUGGCACAUAUGCAUGUCCCCUUGUUUCAUUAUCGAUUACUAAAUGUAACUGCAAAGGAUGCCUAUUCCGCCAGUCUCAGCGACAUGGACAACUUGGUGGGGUCUAUAAAGCUUGCAGCUGAGAUGUUUAGCAUGGAGAACACACUCAUAUGGUUCACUGGUGAUAAUGGACCCUGGGAGCAGAAAUGCCAGUUUGCAGGGAGUGCUGGGCCUUUUCUAGGAAGGUGGCAAACCAGCAGAGGUGGCGGCUCAGCAAAGAAAACCACCUGGGAAGGAGGCCAUCGUGUUCCAACAGUGGUUCUUUGGCCAGGCAGAAUAUCUCCCAACACCAGCAGUAAUGCCUUGCUCAGUGGUUUGGACAUCUUUCCCACAGUCCUCUCCUUAGCCGGGGUGGAACCACCAUCGGACCGGCGUUAUGAUGGCAUUGAUAUAACACACGUUCUGCUCCAUGAUUCUGACACGGGACAUAAGGCAUGGCACCAUUCAGAAACUGUGAGCCUCAUGCAUCCAAACAGCGGGGCAGCAGGGCAGUUUGGGGACCUGCAGACUGUCAGGGUGGGACGUCACAAAGCCUUUUACAUCACAGGUAGUGCAGAAGCCUGUGGUGGAGCCAAGGGCAAACAGCAGAUGCAUGAUCCCCCUUUGAUUUUUGAGCUGUCCAGGGACGUAGCAGAGGGCUCGCCCCUGGACCCCUCCAGCGUGGAGUACCAGGCCGUCCUCAGGGAGGUGGAGAGAGAGCGGGAGGCGGUGCUCUGGGAUAUCGCCACUGACAAUGUGUCCACUGCGGAUUAUAGCAUAACACAGGCGGCAUUUCCCUGCUGCCAGCCUCACAACCCAGUCUGUCGAUGUCAUAGUGUGGGCUAGGCUCUCUGUUGCUUUACUAAACUGUCAGUAAAAUGUUUUCCAGCAUAGCCUUGAAGGCACUUCACAUACAGAAGGGAGUAGCAGGAAUAUCAAGUCGAACAUGUUCCAGGAAGGCACCUGCAAAUGGUAUCGGCUGGUGUUUCUAAUAUGCAGUGGUUUUAAUAUGUCAGUGAGAAGAUAUGUAACAGUCCUGAUGGUCUGCAGUAAGACCCAAUCUUUCAUUUUUCUGUUAUGUUGCCUCAUUAUGUAUCCUAGGCACCAAAUCAUAGUGGGGAUUAUUUACCUUUGAUGCUAUAACCACUUUUCACAACAUUUAAAAACACAUUUUCAUUAAAAAAAAAGAAAAAAAAAAGAAAAAAAAAAGGCUUUUUCUGCCCCAUGCAUAAAAAAAUUCAUUCUUGAGUUAGAGACAAAAAUUUUAACUUACUGAUAUCAUUUACAUUUUACAGGUCAGUGUAUUGGUAGGUAACUAAAAAAAAAAAACUGGUCUCAGGCAGUUGUAGAAUUAAAUUGCCCCCACAGUUGUUUUUCCCCAGAAGCUGGGCAAGACAGAGACUGUAUGAGUACAAUUCUGAAUGCUUUCUACUCCAUAUAUUUUUUGUAACGCUGUGGCCCUUUAGGGAAACAGUUGCAUUCUUCUAAUUCUAUUUUUCAAUCUCAUAUCUCCAUUCAGACUUUCAAUACAUGUGCAUUUGCUUAUCUUUUAUUAGGUAUAUGAAAACAACUGUUUUCCCUGGCACCCAAUACAGUCAUUUUAUUACAUAAACACACGCACAAGCACUGUGAGUAUAUUAAGUAACUUUUUUUUUUAGCUGUAGAAAUAACACUAUUGUGAUUGUCAUGGGUUCAUGAACUGCUGUUUUACAAUGCUAAUUAGUGUAAGUUUCUCUUGUUAGCUAUAUUAGCCUUCUAGUUCAAAUGCAAAACUAAAGAUGCAAAGUUUAGAGGGCAGACAUGUUGGCCAAUCAACUAUAAGUUAAUUGAAAAAUUGUGUAAAUGACAUGCUCACACUGCCUUUUCCCUAAGAGCUGACAUUUUAAAUAUUUAAUAAUUGCUUGACAAAUCACAGUAAUGUGCAGUAAGCUAUUAAUUUAAAACAUCUAGUGAAAAUAUGAAGUGUUUUCAUUGCACAUAGUAUUUUGGUUCCUUUAUUUGUCUUUAGUAAAUACAUAAUUUCAUACAUUUA